UGUGGACCUAGCCUGAGUCUGCUGGGGACAGGGCCUGGUCCUUCUGACCUUGCUGUCAGGGAUCCCCCUCCCGCGCUGCCCCCCUCCCCGACUCACUCUGCCCUCAUUGGCUCGGGGCUGGCAGCUGCGGGCACAGAGCUGAGCAGACAGAGAGAAAAAGAGAAGUUGACGGUCUGAGAGGCGUGUGGGCUGCGGAGGAACUGAAAGCACGUGGGGAUCCUGGGCCUCUCGUCCCGCUGCCCUGACGCCCACCAGAGCCCGGGUCCCCCUUCCCCUGCCGGGAUGCUGCUCGCUCUGCUGCUCCUCCCAUGGGCAUGGGGGGCCCUGGCCGCCUCCCCUCCUGUCCCCCCAGCGUCUAUCACCCUCCAGCUGCUCCAAAUCGACGUCUUCCACAACGCAGGCUCCACGGACACACAGGGGAUGGCCCUGCUGGGCGACCUGGAGACCCACUCCAUGGACUGCAGCACCUGCGAGAUCUGCUUCCUGCAGCCCUGGGCCCAGCAGGGCCUGACCCCGAAGCAGUGGGAGGACCUGGAGCUGCUGAUCCAUCGCUACCUGUUCAACUUCAACCGGACUGUGAACAGAUUAGCCCAGCACCACGGAGGGGGCUGUGAGUAUGGAGCGGUCUAA